AUGGCAUCGAAUAUUGUAAAGAAGGCAAAGAAGCCUAACUGGGAGUCCAGGGCGACCAAGGCCUUGGUCAUGGCCCUUGAGGAUCAUGACCACGUUAUUAGGGCAAAGUUUGGUAAACAUGUGACCAAAUCUGAGAAGAACAGGGCUUGGAAUGAGAUAUACCAAAGAGUGAACAGUGUGGCGAAAGUUGAGAGGACAGUGGAGGAAAUCAAGAAAAAAUGGAGCGACCUGUCAAGUCAGGUUAAGCGCAAAGAGGCUAGGAGGAGGGCAGAUGCCAGAAAGACUGGAGGAGGGGCUCCCAUGGAGGAGCCAUCUGAUACGGAAUUAAAUUUGAUCCAAAAUAAUUUAUAUUUUUAG